CUACUACCAUUUAAGACCCCUAAAAAAAAACUCACGAGAACAGAGAAAAAGAGAUCCUUGUUGAAAGCGAAUUCUCUAUCCCUCAACUUUACAGAUUUUGCUCUGCAUGAUGGCGAGGAACUGUGAUUCACGCGCUGGAGUAACGGCGCUGUCACUGAUCUUGUUAUGUCUAGCGAUCAGUAACAAUAUAGUACCAGUACCAGUAGCAGAAGCUAUAUGGCUAUCAAUUCCUAACUCGGGAACCAAGUGUGUUUCGGAGGAGAUCCAGAACGACGUUGUCGUUUUGGCUGAUUACUAUGUUCUUAACGAAGAACAUCCCGACCGCCCCGUCACUGUUACUGUUCGGGUACGUAUACGCUGUUAUAUGCAGGGUGUUGAACUUGAAGUAAGGAAACUUAAAGAUCACGCGGAAGCCAUCCACAAUAAUCUACUCUAUCUCAAGCAAAGGGAAGCUGACAUGAGAGAGGUCAGUGAAAAAACCAAUAGUAGAGUGGCAUGGUUCAGUAUCAUGUCCCUUGGUGUCUGCAUCGUGGUUUCAGUUUUGCAGCUGUGGCACUUGAAGAGGUACUUCCAAAAGAAGAAGCUUAUAUAAUCUUAUGAUGAAAAAACGAACCAUGUGAUUAUAAUAUUGUACACAGUAUAUUGUUCUUUUUUCUUGAUUUUCACCUCUUGGAGGUGCGAAAUA